ACGCAUGCGUAGUAAUCGGUAUUUCAUUUCUGUACAAUCUUCCAUGUGUAAUUAACGUUAUUUUCUAGGGUAGGUGUUUUAAUAUUCUAAAACAUGUCACAAUACAGAUUAUUGGGUGCUCUUGCAAAUGUUUCGCACAUUAGUAAAAAUAUAUCAACACGAACAGCAUUAUAUAAAUCAAUGAGAGCAAUGAGUAUAUCAACAAAUUUAAAACAUUUGAAAUAUAAAGUUGUGGAUAAUGUAGCAGUUCUUACUUUAGAUUCUCCAGGAGUUAAGAUAAAUAUUUUAAAUUCAGAAGUAAUGUAUGAAAUUGAUGACGUUCUAAAAAAUAUAGAACAAAAUUCUGCUGUAAAUUCAAUAAUUUUUAUAAGUGGAAAACCAGGUUGCUUUGCUGCUGGUGCUGAUAUUAAUAUGCUACGUUUUUUCAAAACUCCAGAAGAUGGCUAUAAAGUAUCUUUUGAAGCCAAAAAACUCUUUGAAAAAAUAGAAAAAAGUAAAAAACCAAUUAUAGCUGCAAUUCAAGGUACUUGUUUAGGAGGAGCUUUGGAGAUGGCUAUAGCUUGUCAUUAUCGAAUUGCUGUAAAUGAUCAAAAAACUAGUUUAGGUUUACCAGAAGUAAUGUUAGGUAUCUUGCCUGGUGCAGGUGGUACACAAAGAUUACUUCAAUUAAUAUCACUUCCUAAUACUUUAAAUAUGAUUCUUACUGGUAAACAAGUUAAAGCAAUUAAAGCUAAGCAAAUAGGACUUGUAGAUCUUUUAGUGAAUUGUCUUGGUUCUGGCAUUGGAACAUCAGAAGAAAAUACAAUGAGAUAUUUAGAAGAGACUGCUAUUAAAGUUGCACAAGAUAUUACAAAUAAAACCUUAAAAAUUGAUCGAAGUCCUAAAACAUUAAUUGAUAAAUUUCUGAAUUAUGCAUUAUAUUUUGAUUUUGUAAAGGAUCAAAUAUUUAAUCUAGCAAAAGAAAAAGUAAUGAAGAAAACUGGAAAUUUCUAUCCUGCCCCGUUUAAAGUCUUAGAUGUAAUACGUAUUGGUUUAGAUAAGGGACCAAAAUUUGGUUAUGAAGCAGAAUCUAAAGCUUUUGGUGAAUUAGGAGUUACACCUCAAUGUAAAGGUCUUAUAAAUUUAUUCUUUGGACAAACUACUUGUAAAAAAAAUCGUUUUGGAGUGCCAAAAAAUGCUGUUAAAAAAAUUGCUGUUGUUGGUGCUGGCCUUAUGGGAGCAGGUAUUGUUCAAGUAAGCAUAGAUAAAGAUUUUGAUGUAAUUAUGAAAGAUACAAAUGAAACUGCUUUAUACCGUGGUGUUCAUCAAAUACAAAAAGGAAUGGAUGCUGCUGUGAAAAAAAAAAAAUAUUCUAACUUUCAGAAAGAUAAAUAUCUUUCUAAACUUGAUUCUACAUUAGAUUAUAGUUCAUUUAAAAAUGCAGAUAUCGUAAUUGAAGCUGUAUUUGAAGAUAUUACAAUUAAACAUAAAGUUAUAAAAGAAAUUGAAGCAAAUACACCAAAUUACUGUGUACUUGCAACAAAUACAUCAGCAAUUUCUAUUAAUGAAAUAGCUGCUGCGAGUAGUCGUCCAGAUAAAGUAAUUGGAAUGCAUUAUUUCUCUCCAGUAGAUAAAAUGCAAUUGUUAGAAAUAAUAACACAUAAAGGAACAUCGACUGAAACAAUUAAAACUGCAGUUGAUGUAGGCUUAAAACAAGGAAAAACAAUUAUUAUUAUUGGAGAUGGUCCUGGAUUUUAUACAGAAGCUAUUAGAUUAAUGCAGGAAGGUGUGGAUCCUAUAUAUCUGGAUAAUUUAACUAAAAAUUUUGGAUUUCCUGUUGGAGCAGCUACUUUAUCAGAUGAAGUUGGAAUUGAUGUUGGUGCUCACAUAAGUACAUACCUUAUAAAGGAAUUAGGUGAACGUUUUAAAGGUGGAGAUGUAAAUAUACUCAAUGACAUGGUUAAAGCUGGUUUUCUAGGAAGAAAAUCAGGCAAAGGAAUAUAUAUAUAUGAAACUAAUGUUAAGAAUAAAAAUGUUAAUCUUUCAGCAUUAGAUAUUUUAAAAAAAUAUAAACUUGAACCAAAAGGAAAUACAACUAUUGAAGAUCGUCAAUUAAGAAUGGUAUCUCGUUUUGUUAAUGAAGCAAUACUUUGUUUAGAGGAAAAUAUUUUAGCUAAUCCGUUGGAAGGUGAUAUAGGAGCUGUUUUUGGAUUAGGGUUUCCUCCAUUUACUGGUGGACCUUUUCGUUGGGUAGAUUCUUAUGGUGCUGAUAGAUUAGUGAAAAAAAUGGAAGAAUUUCAAAAUCAUUAUGGUGAUGCAUUUAAACCAUGUCAAACAUUAUAUGAUAUGGCAUCUAAUCCUAGUAAAAGUUUUCAUAGAUAGAAAAUUGAAUGUCUUUAUAAGAAUGAAACUUUAAAAAUGCAUUUUUGAAAUUAUGACAAACAGUAAUUGCUUAAGAAUAACCAUAAAUAUUUAGAAAUAUUAUAUUUUUUUGAUAAAUAAAAUGGAUUUAAUAAUUAAAUU